AUGUCCGAGAAGGUCGAAAAAGAAAUUGAGGAUCAGAUCACAAGACUGGAUGUCUCUGAAUACAAGAACAUUGAGCUAUCAAAGAUAACCAAGGAAAACAUAGGGCAGAAAAUUCGAACUUUUGGAUGGGUUUCAAAUGUAAGAUCGCAGUCUGCCAUAACAUUCAUCGAUCUGUAUGCACACUACAAGACAGUGAAGUGUGUGUAUCAGAAGAAGAUGCAUCUGACUAUGUGCACAUCCAUGACUGUUUAUGGGACGGUGACAAAAAACUUUGGGAAGAAGGAUUCCCAUGAGUUUGAGAUACAUGUUGAAGGAAUCGAGAUAUACAACCAGUCCAUAGCACCUUCUUUUCCAUUGAACGAGGAGUCUUCAGUAAAUGCCAUACUCACAAACGGCCAUCUGGCUCUCAGAACAAAGAGGCGCCAGCUGUUUCUUAAGGCGAGAAGCCAUCUUCUGAAGAUUAUAAGAGACUUCUACUUUGAGAAAGAGUACACAGAGAUUACUCCACCCACAAUGGUCCAAACCCAGGUGGAGGGUGGAAGCACGCUUUUCAAGCUGGAUUACUAUGGAGCUGAUGCCUACUUGACGCAGUCUUCUCAGCUCUACCUUGAGACGGUGGUGCCUGUUUCCCAUCGUGCUUACUGUAUCAUGCCAUCUUAUCGGGCAGAGAAAAGCAGGACGCGAAGGCACUUGAGUGAGUACACCCAUGUUGAGGCAGAGCUUGCAGAUAUUGACCUGAACGGGCUCAUAUCGUCUGUGGAGGCCUUGGUAUCAUACUCGAUGAAAAGAUUCUAUGAGGAAAUGAAGGAAGAUAUCCUGAAGGUGUUUCCUAACUUUGAGUUUCAUAAGGUUCCAGAAGCCCCGUUCAAAAGGGUUAAAUACUCCGAGGCUAUUGAGUUAUUAAGAAGCAAGGGGUGUAAGAAGGAAGACGGCACAGACUUUGAGCUUGGGGAUGAUAUUCCCGAUGCUGCAGAGAGAUAUCUUAUUGAAGUUAUCGGCGAUGGGUGCCCUGUGUUUUUAACACAUUUUCUUGUAGAGCACAAGCCUUUCUAUAUGAGAAGGGAUGAAGACAACAAGAAUCUGACAGAGAGUACUGAUCUUCUGUUCCCAGGAAUUGGAGAAAUUCUUGGUGGGUCUAUGAGACAGGACACCUAUGAAGACCUGAUUGAAGGAUUCAAAAGGGAAAACAUAAGCAUUGACCCAUAUUACUGGUAUCUCGACAUGGCAAGAUUCGGCCCGUGCAAACAUGGAGGAUAUGGCCUUGGUUUUGAAAGGUUCCUGAUGGGCCUUAUGAAGUAUGAAAAUGUUGAUGAGGCAACUCUUUAUCCAAGAAAGGUCUCAAGGUGCCAACCCUGA